CCCCAUAAGCGUCAUGUCUCCAUUGUUGAGAUUCUAGUAAUUUUUAAUUUUCUUGGUAAUUGUUGGUGGUAAACAAUGGAAACUGGAGAAGUUGUAGAAAUUGAACACAGCGAGGGUGUGCAAAAACUAAACAGGAGCGAAUUGGGAACUGAAAUUCAAAUAAUUCCCGUACAAUUGAUACAGUCUUCCUCUAAUGUAGAUUCUGUAAGUCCAAGAGGAAAAUAUUAUAAACAAACUUAUAGGCCGGCUUGGGAGCAUAUGCCGGAUUUCAAAGGGUGGCUAAGAGGAGUUGAAGGUGAACCAACAAGAGCAUUUUGCACUUAUUGUCAUAAAACUUUGCAUGCCCAUCGAUUAAGUUUAUUAAAACACACUUGUACAAUUCGUCAUCAGAAAGCUGCACAGGUUCAUAGUGCUAGAAAGAACAAAAUACUCAACUUAGAUAAUAUGAAGGAAGAUCAAACAGGUAAUGAUGAUGAUGAAAGAGAAACUUCUAAUGAUGGAGAUACUGAGAUGGAUAACGAGGAUGAAGAUGAGGAAGAUGAAGGUGAUGAAGGAAUUCAUACUGUAAAUAAUAUUUAUGAAGGAGGAAAUGACAAAGAAGUUUCACAGAAGCUUGGAGUCGACAGACCACCUAUUUCCACACAGGUUACUGAUAUGACCAAAGGAAAACCGAUUUCAGGCCUCCAAGUUAGCUUGUAUAAAUUAAUAGACGGUCGAUGGACGUUUAUUAAUGAAGGUGUGACCAAUUCUGGUGGAAAAUUUUCCCAAUUUAUUGACAGGAGCGAUUUUACAACGGGAAGAUAUAAGUUGCAUUAUGAUGUCGACAGAUAUUUUGAUGCUAAAAGACAGGAUACCAUGUAUCCCUUUAUUGAGAUUGUUUUCGAUGCAGGAAUAUACACUGAAACACAUCAUAUUCCAUUACUUUUGAGUCCUUAUGGAUAUACAACUUACAGAGGUGCUUAAAUUGUUUUAGAUUUUUUUAAGUUUUGAUUAAUUGUAAAUUAUAAUAGUUACAUUUAUUAUGUUUCUUUAAUUUUUGUAAUUUUGAAUAAUAUAG